CUCCCUCCCUCACUCUCCUUUAAAGCAGCACUCACCAGAGCAGUGAGUACUCAGGGCAGAAGCCAUGGCUCCCGGACUCCACUUCUCCUUCUGGUUACUGGUCUGCUGGUUGGUGGUAACUAUGGCACAAGGACGAGAUGUGGUCACCCCUCCUGUUGGCUCACAAAAUAACGGGAGCCCUACAGACUGCCAGAUCUUCACACUCACCCCUCCACCCACCACCAGGAAUCCGGUAACAAGGGCCCAGCCCAGCACAAGGACACCUGUAGUUACUUGGUUUUAUUUUCCCCAAAGAAGACCCGGCUUCUACCCACGCUUUCCUAAAGGACCUUUCCUCCUUCCAAACUACAACCGCCGCGGCCAGUUCCCACCUUUCUACCUGCCACGAAAUAGAUGGAUUCUUGGGAGGCUCUUCCUUGGAAGUCAGCUCCAGAGUGGAAGCUCAUCGGAGGAAAGCAGAGAGGAAUGACAAGCCCAAACAUGCCUAUGCGAAAGAAUUGAUGCUUCGGAAAAAGGCAAAGAGGUUGUUUGCUUCUCUCUCCAAUCUAAAAUCGUUCCAUUAUAAGACUAAGUCUCCUCAGUGACACCGACUCAAAUUUUUUUGUCAACAAUGGAAAGACUGGAUCCUACAUUUUUGCUUACAAAAUCUAGCAGCAACUGCAUCAGUCUUAUUCCUCAGGCUAUUAAUGCAAAUAUACUCUUUAAAUGGGGUGUUCUAAUGAUUUCUAUCCAUACUUAGACACCAGCAGUGUUAAUACCCUCUUCUGUAUUAGAGUGAAAGACAGUUUAAAGAGACCAUUAUGAGCCAAAUACAGACAUUAAUGAUACUCUUUUCGUACUCAUUGGGAAACUUAGAGAGUAGGUGGAUCUACAAAGUGAACUUUAAAAUAGAUUAGAGAUAGAUAGAUAGAUAGAUAGAUAGAUAGAUAGAUAGAUAGAUAGAUAAAAGCAAAAAGCCUUCUAGAGAAAGUAGCUGUAGGUAAUACUCUAAUUAUACACUGAACUAUCAAACUCAAAUUCUUUUAACUGAAAUGCCCUAGUUUACUAUUUAUAGUAACUAUUUACUCAUACUACUUUGACAAAUAGUCACUGUUUCUCCUGUAAUCGUCACAUAGACACUGGUAAAAUGAAGUGCUUCUCUUCAAACUUUCAACAUGGUUCCAAAUCAAAAACCGAGAUUUAAAAUUACCUGGAUGUUAGUUGACUGCAGCCCGCUGUGGGGGCCUUGUGCUCCCGGGUGAAUGAGAAACAAGGUCUUGUCUGACCUCUCGUAAAAACUCCACCUCUUGCUUGUGCCACUCACCUUGCCUGUGACUUGGGAACCUAGAUUCUGUGCCUGUGGCCAACGACUUUCACUUGUUUUCAAGAAGGAUGUACAGACAUUGCUGCUACUGUUGCAACAAAGAAAGAAAGAAAAAUCAUGGUAACACAAAUGCAGAACUCUGGGAAUGGACACCCAGGAAAAGAAGACAAGAUUAUCGUGCUGGCAUGCUUCCUUCCUCUGUCAAAUGAUAAAAGAAGAAAAAUUAAGGAUCAUAAGAAGUAGUGUUAGGACAGAUAUUUCCUUAAAUUUAUACACUUAAGUUAAAACCUAUUUGAAUCCUCCUCAAGAAACUGUAUUUUGAAAUGAACUUUACACAUUCUCUAUCAGUUGGGAAGGAAGAACAAGCCAGAAAAAGACCACCCUUGGGCAAACAUGAAGAAGGAUGAGGGUUUGGAUUUUCAUCCUGCUUCUCUUCCCAGCCCUUCAAAGCACACCUAUGUGCUCGCACGCUCACGGCUCCACCAUCUCAUACCAACCUGGGUUUUGAUUAGGGCUUUCUCUCUCCAAACAUUGGAACUUUAGCAAUGAAGAAAAUCAACAGUUCUGGCCAUGUGAGAGGUGGCCUAGCAGGUCACAAAACUGGUGACCUAAGUCUGACUGCACGGAACCCACAGAAGGUGGCAGAGAGAGCCGGCUACACAGAGUUGUGGUCUGACCUGUGGCACAUGACACCCACAUGCAGCACAUACACCUCUCAUACGCAAUAAUAAAAAGAACACGUUUAAGUGUUUAAAAGCUAGCGGUACUGAAACCUAGCCCCUUACAAGGCUGUGGUAGGCGGAGGGUGAACCUCAGGUUACACAGUAAGGGUGGGUGGCAGCUUCAGCAUUUCGAUCGCUGGGUCUAUUGAUGAAAGCAGGCUAAUUCUGCAGGGCAUUACAGGAAAUGCAGACAACCUGAAUGAAAACACCAUCCUAUUCUCUCUGCCAUAGGCCACACACACUUGCAAUAAAAACGUUAAGUUUUUGUGACUUACACGUUUCUGCAUCGUUCCUUCAGCUUCAUCAACUUUGCAUUUAAAAUAUAGUAACCUCUGACAGGUUAGCUGAGUUGGCGGGUAGUCUUCAGCCACCAGUGCCUCAUGGUGAAGCAGCUUCUCCGGGGAAUUCCUUCAUUCAUUCCUAAUAACAUAUAGCUGGUUUUGAAGCAAAUGGGUCUUUCAG